CGUGGUCAGCAGGUCUGUCCUUGGUACCUAAAGGUCGACAUGAGUAUAGAAUGCGAUUACUCACUACAAGGUAAUCACAGAGUUCUCUUUUUAAUUUGCUGGUCUAUGUCUGUCUACGUACUGGUCUUACCUCUACUGCUGCUGUUUGCUCUUUACAAAAGGCACAAAAUUGCAAGGGAUACUCCGGAUGAUGAUGACGAAUUUAUUCCUCUCCACAGCAGACGAAAUAGUGCUAAAGAUGACAUACUCAACUCACUGCAGUUUUUGGAUGAAAAUUACGAAACAAAGUUUUGGUUUUGGGAAUUAUUAGAAAUCGUUAGAAAAUUCCUGCUUACAUGUGGAAUCGAGUACUUCGGUGGCAAAAGUCUUUCGGGAGUUGCCAUAGCAGCAAUGAUUGCUAAUGUAUUUCUCGUGCUUCAUGCACACUGCAAACCAAUUAAGCGAAAAUCAGAGCAGCUGCUGCAGCUUCUUUCCCUUAUGGUCAUUUCCCUCAGUCUCAUGCUUGGAACACUAAUUGCUCUGCAAGAUGCGACCUCUAACAUUCUCGCUGUAGAAGAUGCUUAUGAUCGCAAAGUGUUCUCUAUUGUGGUCAUGCUCGUCAACGGUCUCUUUGUUAUAUUUCUGAUAGGGCGUUUGGUAUUUUGUGGCUAUCAAGCCAUGAAGGCGGUUCGUGAAAACGAAGGUAGUUGCAAGCUUCUACAGUGGCUCAUAUUUUUCGUUACCGACGAAGAUACUCACACACAAGCGCGUGUGAGCACACAAUCUUUCGGGCAACAUGGAAACGAAAUGUCUGCUUUUGCAGAUGACGAAGCGGAAGACAAAUGAGAGUACACUACAUGUUUACUGACUAUAGGAUUGUCUUCUAGCUUUAACUACAUUAGACUACGCAGCUGCUAUAGCUUUUUUGACGUUUGUUGUCCAUGUAGGUGUACGUUCGCAAUAGUUUAAUAUUCAUUUAUAGGCAUUCGUUAGAGACAGCUUCUAUUACAUGAUUGUAU